CUGUUCACGUGAUCAGCUGACCGCUUCCCUUCUCGUUUCGAAGGUAGCAGUCGCCCUCCUGGGUUUGUUUAUGCAGUAGCUAACGUUUCAAGACAUUAAAGUUUGCAAGUUUAUUUGUGUGAAAGCUAUUAGCUAACUUAAGGAAAACUGGCGCUUUUGGUAGCGUGGAUGAUGAACGGACACGCCAUUCUCUACACCGGGGUCACUGCGGCCUUCUGGACUACGAUCCUCGUCGUCGGCAUCUGCUACACAAUCUUUGACCUUGGAUUUCGCUUUGAUGUAGCAUGGUUUUUAACAGAAACAUCCCCGUUUAUGUGGGCAAACCUUGGGAUCGGCUUGGCCAUCUCUCUGUCUGUCGUCGGAGCAGCUUGGGGCAUCUACAUAACUGGUUCCAGCAUCAUUGGAGGUGGCGUUAAGGCCCCUAGAAUUAAGACCAAGAACCUUGUCAGUAUUAUCUUUUGUGAAGCUGUCGCCAUCUAUGGGAUCAUCAUGGCAAUUGUUAUAAGCAAUAUGGCAGAGAACUUUUCUGGUACAACUCCAGAGACAAUUGGAGCGAGGAACUACCAAGCAGGAUACUCCAUGUUUGGUGCUGGGCUGACAGUUGGCUUCUCCAAUCUCUUCUGUGGCAUCUGCGUUGGUAUCGUCGGCAGUGGGGCUGCCCUGGCUGAUGCCCAGAAUGCUAGCCUCUUUGUUAAGAUUCUCAUUGUCGAAAUCUUUGGCAGUGCCAUUGGGCUGUUUGGUGUCAUUGUAGCCAUCUUGCAGACAUCAAAAGUAAAAAUGGGUGAAUAGAGAGCUCACCGUUUGCGAGGCGAAGACUCUGCAAAGAAGCAAGUGGCUCUGGUGGCUGACCUGGCUCAAUCAUGUAAAUACUUUAGUAAAUUAUUUAAUUGUAUUUUUUUCCCCUGUGUGUCUGUUUUAACCAUCGUUUGCUUUAGAGUGAGACAUGUAUACAACGUUCUUUAAGGAAUGCAUGUAUAUAUCAAACUCAGAACUUUAAAACAACCCCCACCUCCAGCUGCAGAUCUGAAUGAAACUACAGAACCCCUCAGAGGACACAGAAAUCAUUAACAGCUGUGUCACGGUCCAGAUACCACACCUGUCAUAAUAGAGUCUGAGAACUUAGUAUUUUAUUUAUUUUCUUUUUUUCCUAAAUAUUUUAUUUGAAAUGUACAAAUAAACAUAUAAAUACAAAAGAGAA